UAGUCCUAUAGCUUUCGAACCACCUCUAGCACCAAGAGAGAGUUUGAAUCGGAAGAAUUCUAGGGUUAGAUAGGUUAAGGAGACCUGAGUUUUUUUUUCAGGACUCAUGGAGAAUGGAAUAGGGAAGAAAAAUGGCAAUAUCGACUGCCUAGAUGGAACAGAGCUAAGGCUUGGUUUGCCCGGAGGCAAUGAACCAAAAACCCCUUGGGUUAAUAAAAGAUCACUAUCUGGAGAAUCAAAAGGAAGUUCAACUGAUUCAGUUCAUGGUAAUGAUCGAGAUACCACUCCUCCGGCCAAGGCUCAAGUCGUAGGAUGGCCACCGGUGAGAUCAUAUCGAAGAAAUAAUUUGGCGGCGAAGAAGAAAGAGGAGAGUGGAAGGUUUAUUAAGGUUAGCAUGGAUGGAGCUCCUUACUUGAGAAAGAUUGAUCCCAAGGUGUACGAGGGAUACAAGGAGCUUAGAGAGGCUUUAGAGAACAUGUUCAAGAAUUUUUCUCUAGGUGAUCUAUUGGAAAUGGGAGGAUAUGAUCGGUGUGAGUAUGAUAUCACAUAUGAGGAUAAAGAUGGGGAUUGGAUGUUGGUUGGUGAUGUCCCUUGGGAGAUGUUCAUUUCAUCAUGCAAGAGGUUGAGAAUAAUGAGAGGAUCUGGAAUGGACAAAUAUUAGGCAUUAUUUGUCAUGGAAAGUUAAAACAUUAUUAAUUUCUUUCCGCUUGGUCCCCCAUGCUCUUAAUGUUUCAUGGAGUUUGGACCGAUCAAAAGGAUAGCCUAGCUGGGGAAGAGAAUUUUCUUUGUCAUGAAAACGUAUUGAUGCCAACUUGUACAAAUUUCUUUUGUUCUGCAAAAAUCCAUCGCUUUGAGCCAGUAGUAUGCUUAAAAGCUUUGAAUGAUUACAUGUUUUUGUUAGAAGAAGAAAGAAAAGGGCAAAAAGAAAAGGCAAUGCAACUUUUAAAGCUGUUUUGUUUAUUUA